CAGUGGCAGUGUGUACUGCUCUGCUUCAGUGGAUGGUUUCUUUGACAAGGCACUGAAAGCAUGUUGGGACUUCCCUUUGCUCCAGCCUUGAGAAGGCAGAAGGUGAGCUCUGAGAUAGUAGAAUGCAUAGUGGGAAAUCCUCUGCUUCUUAAAUCUCUCUAGUUGCCACUCGAAGAGAGUGAAUCCUGUGUCUCUGCACUGACUAUGAGGAGUGGAGUCGCUGUCUGUUCUGCAGCUAGCUGAGGUCUCCAGGUGCUGGACUUAUUGAUGGUAGGAGAGACCUUCCCUGUUUUUGGGAGGAGGAGGUCAAGACAUGGUAGAGGUAAAUCUGAGGAAAUUCUUCUCCCUGUGGGAGCAGAGGAGAAUUUGGAGAUGCUGUUUACCUGCAGGUUAGUGGCUGAAAUGUGAAUGAGCAAAGGAGUGCAAGUCCCGUGGUUGUCAGUUGAGAACAAGAGCUUCACAUGUGUGGGCCCAGAUGAAAAGCCAUGGGAGGAGGGUCAAGCUUGGAAGGUGCUGAACUGGGACAGCACAGUUUUGCCCAUUUUCUUGCAUUCUUGUAUCUUGCUAGUUUCAGAGGCAGUGAAGGCAGCUGCUGGGUGCUUUGGUGAGAGGCUGGAAGGUAUGUGCUGCCCUGGAUGUAUCUGGAAUUUAGAUUUGCAGCAUGGUUGUUGCUUGAGGUAGACAAGCUCAGGUCUGAGCUGGGGUUUUCUUCUUCAGGAGAUCGUGUGAUUCUUGCCCAGUGCAGUGCACACUCUCCUUUGUUGUAGAUCACACUUUUGCUUUAUCUCCAUGGUAAGCACUGGGAACACCCCAGAAGUCUCUUUACUCUGGCCUUGGCUGAGAUUGAGCAAGCACCCUUGUACUAGCAGUCCCCAAAGAUAUUUCAGCCUUGGGGCUUUGUAUAAAUCAAAAGCUAUUGUGCGUGGGAGCUCAUCAGGGAGGGUUCCUCUUGCUUCUAGGGCACCUGGCAAUAAAUACUGGUGACAUUUCAUGCUGGAUUAUGCCAUGCUACUUGACAGAGCUCUGUCCUUUAUAGGAGAUAAUGCUCCAUCCACCACCUUCUUUUCCCAGACAGCUUGUUGGGCUGAGGGCCCUACUCAAGCUCUGAAAUGCUUGAUUCCCUCGGGGACUGUUUCACCAAAACGAGGCACCUGCUUCAGGUGGAGCAGUCACAUCACUUGCAUGCAAGUGUUUGAGGAAAAGACACAGACUCCAUUGGGAGGUAAUCGCUUUUGAUCAGCUUUGAGCAAAUACUUCAUCCACCCAUCAGUACCACACUUCGGUAUGAGUGUCUCAUUAAACAGCCUAAAUGGCAUCUGUUGCCCCCUUCCAGUGGUGACUGCAUGUGGGGUCAGUGCACUGAGCUUUCUCUGCUGCCCUGAGGUGAUGGGCUUGCUCCUUUGGGCUCACAGAAGUGGUGCUGAAUGCUGCCGGCCUGCUAUGUUUUGUUGCUGCACUGUGAAGUGGCAUCCUCUGCACCGUGGCUUGUUUCCACUGCCGCCAGCCAGCCCUGCUUCCCUGGCACUCCAGGAAGCUUUUGUGUAAGAGAGAAAUAACUGCAGGGCUUGCUUGGAAGCAGCCUGGCAUUGCUCAGGCAUGAUUCACUUCUCUGUGUUUGCAGAGCUGGAUUAGUCACCCUGGCCUGCUGCAAGGUGCCCUUUAUGCUCUGUAUGGAUGUGCUGGGCACCAAGUGGGAGAGCUGUCCUGCAGGAGGGAGAAAUGCUUUCCAAACUCUGCUGAGCUCAUGAUUGUACAAUUGCUUUAAUCUGGCCUGAAUCCAGCCUGGAAGGGCUCCCAGAUCUCUCAUUUACUAGUUCUCAUACAGAUGAGCUUGAUUAGGCCAAGCUGGUGAGUGCAGCUGUGAGCAGAGCCAGCUCCUGGCAUGAUGUGCCUCAGGCUUCCCUCCUGCAGCCUCGCUGCUGCAGGGGGCCGGAGUCAGUGCCCUGUGGAGCAGCUGGAGCUCGUGGGUUUCAAUGCCAGCUCUGCAGGGCAGAGACAAGCACCUGGGCUGCAGCCUCUGUCUCCCAAAGUGUCCUGGCUUCCCACCUAUACCAGCUUAGCUGCUCUGACCCGUUGUGUUGGUGUGCUGCUCUGUGGGGCAGGGGGGAGGUGAGCGAAGGCUGCUGAGCAUGCGCUAGCCUGAGCGCUGUUUCCUCCUGUCAGGAAGCCUAGCCCUCCUCAUUAGAAGACUGGGAGCUGGCCUGGCCAGCUUCCCUUCCCCACCCUCCCUCUGUUUGCUUUGGAGGGUUUUAACUGCAGAAGCCAUGAUUUUGUGCUGGAGGAGGGGGAUCAAAAACAGAGCCAGGCUCCUGUCAUCGCCGCAGCACUUGGGCCCGCAUCUUCCAGUCCUGGCUUUCUAAGGCCCUCACCCCCAUAGGGCAUUAGUCCAGUGUUGAAGUGCAGCUGUGUGAUGGCCUCCGCUGGGCAAUUUUCAUUUCUCCUUCCUUUCGUGGUCCAGGGAAGGGAGAGUGCCCAGCGCUGUGCGCCCCGGCUCCCUGUCUCCAGCAGGCCUGUGCCUGCCGCGGAGCAUGAGGGGACAGCCGUCAGGGUCUGUCCGUUGCAGGGCACGGGGCAGAUGUCUGUGAGGUGCCUUCCCGAGCCCCCUGUGGCUUGGUGCUCCCCUGUGCCCAGCUGGGCCGUGGUCCCGGGGGGCUAGGGCUGGUUGACCUGCAGGGGCUGUCCCCUGGCCCAGAGCCAGCUCAGUGCCCCAGGGUUGAGGUUGAUGGAGCAGCCAGGGCUGCCCUGCUGGGUCCAUGGGGUUCUGGGGCAGGGAGUGGGUGGCCAAACCGGCCGGGCGAGUCACGGCUGAGUCACGACAGGCAGGCGGAGCUGGGCAGCACUGCCUGUCACUGGCUCCAUGGCGCUCAGCGUUGGUGUCCGGCGUCUCUCCUGGCUGCCUGGCCAUGGCGAGCGGCAGGUGCAACUCAGCUUCCGAGGCUUCACUCAGAAGACGAGGAAGAUCCACUGUGGCCCAGAGGCUGUCUUCGGGGAGCUUUUUUGCUGGCCUCAUUAUGGGAAGCUCGUCAUGGGGGAAGUGCUGUCCAUUACGGUUUACAACUGCAGCAAGGUUUUCAGUAACAGGCUUCUCGGUACCCUUGUCCUCAGCCUUCAGCACCUGAUGACAUCUGGCAGGCUGAUCAUCCGGGAGGCCCUUGUCGACAGGAACCACAGAGUCACUGGUAUCUACAUUGAGUUGGAUUUGCGCUACGUGCCUCCAGAUGGCUCUGCUGGAACCUGGGUUGAAGAGGACUUUGUCUAUCAGAUGAAAGACAGUUCAGAGUUAAUCAUCCACAAUCCUGGAUUUGAGGAGCUGCAGGCAGCCGAGGGUCCAAGAGCAAGUGAACUGGACAGGAGGGCUGCUGUGUUGGGCAGGAAGCUAGCGAAAGGCCUGGAGACUGACGAGGAAGAGGAGGAUGAGGAUUUCUGUGAUGCGUCUGAGAUGGAGGUCUCUGGCAUUGUCUUCAGCCCUGUGAGGAGCCGCUCCAGACUUUGCUUCUCACGGGACCUCUUUGCCACCCCAGCCCCGCAGAGUUUCCAGGUUGGGAUUAAUAUCAUUGAAGCGCAGAAGCUGGUGGGGGUGAACAUUAACCCCUUUGUGGUAGUCAAGGUUGGAGAGGAGAAGAAGCACACGGCAACACAGAAGUCAACAAACUGCCCCUUCUACAAUGAAUAUUUUUUGUUCGAAUUCCAUGAGCCAAGGGACACUUUGUUCCACAGACUCAUAGAGAUCUUGGUGUUCCACUCAAAGAAGAUACCAUUCCUGGGAACAUGCAUAGGAACGUUCAAGAUGGACAUUGCAACAGUGUACAGCCAGCCAGAUCACAGGUUUUUCCAGAAGUGGGCUGUUAUCAGUGACCCCACAGACACCCGGGCAGGCGUGAAAGGCUUUGUGAAGUGCAACAUCUCUGUCACUGCACGUGGGGAUGUUGUGGGCUCCCUUCCCACCUCCUCCAGCAGCCGGGGUGAGGACAUUGAAAGGAACCUGCUGCUGCCUAAGAGAGUCCCUGCAGAGAGGCCCUGGGCCAGGGUCUGCAUCAAGCUGUAUCGUGCUGAGGGCCUGCCCAGCAUGAGUGCAGGCAUCAUGGGUGGUUUCUCCAAGAUCAUAGGGGAGAAAAAAGUCUUUAUUGACCCAUACGUGCGGGUCUCAUUCUGUGGGCAGCAGGGGGAAACGUCAGUGGAGACCAACACCACUGAGCCUGAGUGGAAUGAACAGAUCAGCUUUAUUGAGAUGUUCCCACCUCUGGCCAGGAAGAUAAAAGUGCAGGUCCUGGAUGAUGCCAGUGUUGGAGACGUGGCCAUUGCUACACACUAUAUUGACCUGCAGCAGAUCUCAGACCCUGGCAGGAAUGGCUUUAACCCAACGUUUGGUCCAGCCUGGGUGAACCUGUAUGGCUCACCGCAGAACUCAGCUCUGCGGGACAUCCACAAAGACCUCAAUGAGGGCAUGGGUGAGGGGAUCUUCUACCGCGGGCGCAUCCUCAUGGCCAUCACGGUGGAGAUCUUCAGCAGCCUCAGCAUGGCAGAGAGGAAGCUUGGGAACAAGAUGAAAGGUGCCCUAAGCAAACUGAAGCUGAAGAAGAAAAGUAAGAAAUUCAAGGAGAAGGCCAAAGAACUCAACCAGCUGCAGGGAGAGGAGGAAGCUGGGGGCUCUCAGGAUGCCAAGCAGCCUAGGGAGGUCACUGUGGAGGUGGAAGAGCUUCAUCCACUCCCUGAGAAAGCGCUGGGGAGGAAGGAGGAAUUCCUCCUCUUCACUGCCUUCUUUGAAGCCACUAUGAUGGACCCCUCUCUCAGCUCCAAGUUUGUCAGCUUUGAAAUCUCGAUAGGAAACUAUGGCAAAGCUGCAGAGGUUGUGACCAAAGUACAGAGAAGAGUGGAAAAGGGAGAAGCGAAAGAAGAAGAGCAGCCUUUGCUGGACCCUGGUUCAGAUGGUGAGCUGAAUGUUGAAGCCUUGGGCCCAGCUUCAGCAGCACUGAACAAGUCGGUGACAAAAGGCCAGAGACCAGAGCCCAUGGAGUAUGACAGGUCAUAUAGCUGCCUGCCCAUGACGCACGAGAAACCCUGCGUGUAUGUGUGGAGCUACUGGGAGGAUCACACCUGGAGACUCUGCAUUUCCAACUGGAUUGUCAAACUGGCAGAGCGCCUGGAGCAGGGGCUGGACCAUGUGGAGAAGCUCAUGAGAAGGCCAAAGGCUAAAGCAGAAGAGCAGCUCAGAGAUGUGCUGGAGGAAUUUGUAGCUGGAUGCAGGCAGUAUUCACUCAGCACAGAGAGAAAAACAAUGGCACAUCCAAACAACCUCGACAGAUGUCGGAUGAAAUACCUGAUGCGCAACAUUGUCCUGUAUGCAAAGCAGGGGCUCCGCGUGAGGCAGCGGCUGACUCAAGCCAAUGUCAAGGAGAAGGUUAAGGAGACAAGGAGGAUCCUGGCAAAGCUACGCUUCAUGGCUAAAGAGCCCCAGUGCACCCUCCCCGAUGUACUUGUCUGGAUGCUCAGCAACAACAGGCGUGUGGCAUAUGCAAGAAUUCCUGCACAGAACAUUCUCUACUCGGUAGUUGAAGAGGAGAAAGGCAAGGACUGUGCAAAGAUCCAGACUGUCUUUAUGAAGGUCCCUGGCUUACACACUGGUGAGAUCUUUGCCAAAUUGGAAAUCUACAUGUGGCUUGGGGUAACCAAAUAUGCAAAGAACUGUUUGAUGGAGCUGCCUGAGGAGUUCAAGUACCUCUCUGAGAGUGGACAGGAGAUAGCCCAGCUCUUGGCAUACAGUCUUCCCAGCUGGCUCAGCAGGGAUGAUUUCAGCUAUUUCCAGCUCCGAGCCCAUCUGUAUCAGGCUCGAGGGAUACUCCCUGCAGAUGACAAUGGCCUUUCAGAUCCCUUUGUGAGAGUGGUGUUUUCAACUUAUUGCCAGACCACCAGGAUGCUGGAGGAGACACUGAGCCCCUUGUGGAAUGAGCUACUUCUGUUUGACCAGCUCAUUAUUGAUGGGAAAAAAGAAGAGUUGAAAACAGAGACCCCCAUCAUUAUAAUCAACCUUUUCAGCCACAAUAAAUUUGGUUCUCCCGAGUUCCUUGGCCAGGCCUUUGCCGUUCCACAGGUGAAGUUGGUUGAUGAGCCGUACACCAAACCUGCCCUGCAGUUCUUUGAUUUCUACAAAGGCACCAAAGCAGUGGGAGAGCUCAUUGCCACUUUUGAGCUGAUUGAACUGGAUUACAGUGGUUAUUUGGAGCCAUCGGUGCCUGAGGAUGUGGAGCCCAAGGAACCUGACUACCUGGGAGACCCCCAUGCUGGACGGUUCAUCAUUCCUGAGGGCAUCCGCCCGGUGCUGAAGGAGUUCCGCAUAGAGAUCCUGUUCUGGGGCCUGCGGAACCUGAAGCGGGUGAACUUGUUUGAGGUGGAUCAGCCCCAGGUGAUCAUUGAAUGUGCUGGCAAGAAGGUGGAGUCAGAGGUGAUUGUGGCCUACAAAGAAAACCCCAACUUCACUGAGCUGGUCAAAUACAUGGACGUGGAGCUCCCAGAGCAGGUCUACCUGCACCCUCCUCUCAGUAUCUUUGUGGUGGAGAAGCGGGCAUUUGGACGCACUGUGCUGGUGGGUACCCACAUUGUGUCUGAUGUGAUGAAAUUCUCUCCCAGAGAGCUGGAGGAGGAGCCAGAAGAUGUGCUCAAAGCUCAGAAAGUCUCAUCCCAGCAUCUUCCUUCUGAGACUGUAGUAAACAUUGCCCCAGCAGCUGGUGACCCACGUCCCAGCACUCACCCCCUGAGUCUUGUGAAGGCUCCUUUGAAGAAAAUUUGCAUCAAUAAGCUUGUAAAGAAGGAGGAUGAAUAUGAAGAGGAAAAACCAGAGCUCGAAGAACUGGAUUGGUGGUCCAAGUACUAUGAGUCCCUGAAGGAGCUGUAUAACCAGACACACAGUGAUGAGGAAGAUGUUGAGAAUGAUGACGUGAAUGAUGCAGAAGGUGGGAAUUUAAAUGCAUCCUCCAUAGAUGUGGAAGCAGAAGAUGAGAUAGCAAUUGAAGCUGAACCUGCUCGACCCAAGAGGAAGCUCAUCGCCACCCUUCAGAUCUACAACUCUGAGCUGGAAAAUGAGUUUGGUAAUUUUGAAGACUGGCUGUGUAUUUUCCCCCUUCAUCGUGGCAAAGCAAGUGAGGAUGAAGAUGGAAACGAGGAUGAACAUUUUGUGGGGAAGUACAAGGGUUCCUUCUAUGUCUACCCCACUGAGGAAGCUGGCGCAAAGCCCAAGGUCUCCCAGGGCGUUCCAAGAAACAGACCCAUCAAGGUUCUUGUAAGAGUUUACAUCAUUAAGGCUACGAACCUGUCUCCAGCAGACCCCAAUGGCAAGGCAGAUCCCUACGUGGUGGUGACUGUGGGGCAGGAGCAGAAGGACACAAAGGAGCGAUACAUCCCAAAGCAGCUCAAUCCUGUGUUUGGAGAAGUUGUGGAGCUGACAGUGUCCUUUCCCAUGGAAUCAGAACUCACUGUGGCAAUAUUUGACCAUGAUUUGGUUGGAUCUGAUGAUCUGAUUGGGGAGACCAAGAUUGACCUGGAGAAUCGAUUCUACAGCAAGCACAGGGCCAACUGUGGAGUGGCUUCUCAGUAUGACAUAAACAGCUACAACAUGUGGCGAGAUGCUUUCAAACCCACACAGAUCUUGGAUAGCUUAUGCAAGAAAAAUUUGCUCCCUGCACCAGAGUACAGACGGGAGGAGGUCAAAGUGGACAAUAAAAUAUUCAAGGUCCCCCCAGAGGCUUUUCCUGAAGAGGCCUCUGUGAGGAACAGGAGAGGAGCGUCAGAUGAGAACUGGUCAGUGGAUGAUGAACAUAAGGCUUUGUACGUCCUGCAGCACUGGGAAGAGAUGCCAGGGUACGGAUACAAGCUGGUACCAGAGCAUGUGGAGAUCCGAUCCCUGUACAACCCGGAGAACCCUGGACUUGUGCAGGGCUCCUUGCACAUGUGGAUUGACAUGUUUCCAAAUGAUGUCCCCGCACCGCCGCCUGUCAACAUCAAGCCACGACUGCCUGUCAGCUAUGAGCUGCGUGUCAUUAUCUGGAACACAGACGAUGUGAUCCUCGAUGAUGUCAACCCAGUGACAGGAGAGCCUUCCAGUGACAUCUACGUGAAAAGCUGGAUAAAGGGUCUUGACCACAACAAGCAGGAGACAGAUGUUCACUUUAACUCCUUGACCGGGGAGGGCAAUUUCAACUGGAGGUUCAUCUUCCGCUUCAACUAUCUCCCGACUGAGAAGGAGAUCACCUACAAGAAGAAAGACUCUGUCUUCUCCAUGGAGGAGUCAGAGUUUCGGGAACCGGCUGUUCUGGUCCUCCAGGUCUGGGAUUACGACAGAAUUUCAGCUAAUGACUUUCUAGGCUCCAUCGAGCUGAAGCUGCAUGACAUGGUGCGAGCAGCCAAGAGCUCAGAGCAUUGCACCAUCAAGAUGGCCAAGGAGUAUGCAAUACCUCGCUUCUCCAUCUUCCGAAACAAGCGCAUGAGGGGCUGGUGGCCCUUCAUCAAGCUCAAAGAUCCAGAGGAUGAAGAGAGAGAGGAAAGGGAGGACAAGCAGAAGAAGAAGAAGAAGAAGAAAAAGGGGAGCCGCUCAGUCAAACCAGAGGACGUGGAGUUCACAGACUCCAGUGGCAACAAGUACCUCCUGACGGGUAAGGUGGAAGCAGAGUUCCAGCUGCUGACUGUGGAGGAGGCUGAGAAAAGUCCUGUUGGUUUGGGACGAAAAGAGCCUGAACCCCUGGAAAAGCCCAACCGGCCAAAAACUUCUUUCAACUGGUUUGUGAAUCCCAUGAAGACCUUUGUGUUCUUUAUCUGGAAGCGGUACAAGAAAUACAUCAUUGUGCUAUUUAUUGUCGCUGUUCUGACUAUCUUCCUGGUUCUUUUGGUCUACACCAUGCCUGGAUACAUCAGUGAGAAGAUCAUCAAUGGAUAAAUGCUCUCCAGCACAGGACUACUCAAAGGCGGGGGUGAUUAUUUCAGGAAUUGAGACUGGACCACAAAGUUUAAGAAAAUCCUACAGGUGUAGAGGCAACCUUCAGCAUGAGAGACUUGCAGAAGUGUUUGGGGAGUCAUGUUUCAUGCUAAGUACCCAUGAAAUGCUAAUAAAUCAAGUAAUCGACCUAUUAAAUAAGGCAACCUCCUUGAAGGACA